AGCCUGACACGGGGCUUGAACCCAUGUACACUCUGUUGACUGAGUCACCCAGGCACUCCUCUUUAACCUUCUGAGAGUCCCUGGCAGGAUCUGAAAAUUGAACUGACAAAAGACAGAUUAACAGGAGAAAAACACAGAUUUUAUUGAAUUUUUACAAGUACUUGGGAACCUUCACAGGAGAAUGAAGACUUGAAGUGACCAGAAGAGGAAGCUUUUAUAUAUUUACACAAAGAAACAAUAAACUUGGGAGGAAUUGACAAAAGACAAAGGGCUUUGAACUAGUAGUAGAAACUGGUGAAAAGCUACAAAGAUUAAGGGUUUCUUUAAUAAGGUUUGUUUAUACAGCUACAUUUUACUUCAAAGCCUAAACUCGUAACCACACCCAUCUUUUACUCCCUCAGCUUGUUAACUGGAAUAUCACCCCGAAGGUAAAUUCUAAUUUGAAUGGAUCUAGAUUGUUUGUAAUGAAACCUGUUACUUUGCAUAAAUUAACCUUAUUGACGUUGCAAAGGUUAGGAAAUUAUCCUAAAGGAACAAAAUUGUUUAUAGUAGGGGCAUCUAAAGGAGACUGUGUAUAAAUAGCUUGAAUUAGCCUAUGUUUGCUUGUGUUAAGUACUUGAACUCAAAAGGAAACUUGGUUUAAAAAGGUCAUUCUAAAAAUAGUGUAUGUGCAUCACUGUUCUUUAAAGAGACAAGUAGGUGAGGGGUGGGGGGGGGGUUGCCUCAUUGCUGCACCUUUUAAGGUAAAGGAGGAGGGAAUCUGCUUUUAACUCAUUAGCCAAUCAGGCUCUGAGGCCACUUCUCAAAGCCACUUCCUGUCUCUUGACUUAGUCUCUGCGUUUUGGUGGUGGGCUGGUGAGUAUGCACUUAAUUUUGCUCCCUAAUUAUUCUUAAUUUCUCUUCCAUUAGAGCCCUGUAUCCUCAUGGCAGGCCUCCCCCCCCCCCCCCCAACAAACAUUAGAGUGUGUGUGAGUCACAAGGCAAUUACGUUCGGCUAUGUGGAGAUUGGGGGAGGGCAGUGAAAUGCUCUGCCUGGCUUAUUUCCACGUGGGUCUCUGCAGUACUGGGCCUGCCUUCCCUGAGACUUGGUGACCCAGAAACAAUGGACUCUGCUUCAUGUACAGAAUGCCCGUGUUCCUGGAAAAUGCCUGGAUUCGUUUUGUUUGGAGGGAAAGGUUGAAGAUGGAGUCCAUGGAGGAAGGACGGCCUGGGUCUUCAAAAUCCUAUGUUUUAGCCCAGAAGUGGCGCGGUGAAAGCACCUGUCACACCUGCUGUAGCCUCCCUGAUAAUCAGAGAUGAUGCAUUUGGAAGGAUGGAUCCUCAGGUAGUUGGUAGGUCGUGUGGUUCAACUAAUUCCUAGAUAGAAGCUGAUUCACUUGAUACCAGAGCAAUGACAUUUCAGAAGACCGAAACUAGAUCUGAGUCUGACUUCUUUCCCAGCUUGGAAUUCUUGGGUGUUGUAAGUCCUAGAUCUACAACAGAUGAUGACAACAUUUUUCUUUUGUGGAUGAGUCUCUGCAUCUCAGGAUUGAUUGGUUUCAGUAAUCUCAUCCCCAGAAGCACUCUAGAAAGGAGCCAGUGAAGGCAGUAGAGGGUUUGCCAUAUCAGAAGAGGACACAUUGCCACUAAGAAGCAGGAUUCUUUUCAGCAUCUGGAGACCUCACUUUCUGUUAUGUCUUUGUGUGAAGACAUGCUGCUUUGUAAUUAUCGCAAGUGUCGCGUCAAACUCUCAGGUUAUGCAUGGGUCACUGCCUGCUCUCACAUCUUCUGUGAUCAGCAUGGCAGUGGGGAGUUUAGUCGCUCACCAGCUAUCUGCCCUGCCUGCAACAGUACCCUUUCUGGAAAGCUAGACAUCGUCCGCACGGAACUCAGUCCAUCAGAGGAGUAUAAAGCCAUGGUAUUGGCAGGGCUUCGUCCAGAGAUUGUGCUGGACAUUAGCUCCCGUGCUCUGGCCUUCUGGACAUACCAGGUACAUCAGGAGCGUCUCUAUCAAGAAUACAAUUUCAGCAAGGCUGAGGGCCAUCUGAAACAGAUGGAGAAGAUAUAUACUCAGCAAAUACAGAGUAAGGAUGUAGAAUUGACUUCUAUGAAGGGAGAAGUCACUUCCAUGAAGAAAGUGCUAGAAGAAUAUAAGAAAAAGUUCAGUGACAUCUCUGAGAAACUCAUGGAGCGAAAUCGUCAGUAUCAAAAGCUCCAAGGCCUGUAUGAUAGCCUUAGGCUGAGAAACAUCACUAUUGCUAACCAAGAAAGUACCCUUGAACCCUCCAUGAUUGCACAAUCUGGUGUUUUUGGCUUUUCAUUAGGGAACAACUCCAAGUUUCCUUUGGACAGUACACCAGUUCGAAGUCGGGGUGGUGGAGAUGGAGAUUUUCAGUUCAGACCAUUUUUUGUGGGUUCUCCCACAGCACCUGAACCCAGCAACAGCUUUUUUAGUUUUGCCUCUCCAAGUCGUGAAGCAGAGCAGCAGCAAAUCUCUAGCCGGGCCUUCAAAGUGAAAAGAAUUUAGCUCAUUUUACAUAACGUUUCUCUGUUCACUUUCAGUGGUCUCAUUUAGCAAAUUAUCUUUAUUCUAGUUAGGAUAGGAGUCCCCGUCCUCUCUGCUAUUACAUUUUUAUGAGAAACUCAGUGUCGGUAGAAAUGGCUUUAGAGUCUGGUUUCUUUUUCUGUUUCUGUUAUUUAAGGCAUGAGCAUUAUGUUAAACUCAAUUUCAUUGUGAACUGUUUUCACCAGCAAUGAAAAGUACAAUAUUAUUGAGUGUUUUGUAGAUCACCAUUUGUUUUAUGUCUGGGUUAUUUCUGACUGGACUACAUGUUUAUGUAUAUGUAUAUAAGCACCUGUGUAUAUCUACAUGUCACUUUGGGUUAUGGUGUUUAUGCAUAUAUGCAUGUAUGUAUUUCUUCAUAUUGAUUUUGCUGUAUCUGCCAGUAUAUUUAUGUGAAGAUUUUGGUGUCCAGAAAUGGCAAGCGAAUCUGUAGCUUGUUAUUUGCUGUGUAGAUCUAUUUGUAUAAAGUUAUGUAUUUGCCCUUGUAUUAAUUUGUUUGUAGAGGUGUGCUCCUGUCAGUUAAUGAGAAUAUAAUGUGUAUGUCGUCUUAUAUUUCUUUUUAAAAUGAUUCACGUUGAUAAAGUUAUUUUGUAAAGUUUAUUUUUGGCAUUUAUUUUAAAAUGAAAUUACUCUUAACCCUUUUGCCAGUGGUUGCCUUGGGUCUACUUAUUUAGGAAUGCACUCUUACACAGAAAACUUAAACAGUAUGUUAUGGAUCUCAAGAGGUUAUGUGAAUUAAAAUACUUUUAAAGAUUUA